AAAGAUCGGUAAAAAUGGCUCUGAUGUUGUGUGCACAGAUAUAGGUAAGAUAUAAUCGUACUAUUUCACGAAAUAGCGCUAUGCUUGCAAAACCAAAUCCGUUGAAAAUCCUAAACUAAACUCUGAAGUAAUGUGUACACGGGAAGGUGGUGUGUCAUAUGGCGAAUUGAGUGUAAUCAGUGUACGUUUUAUAACAUCCCGAAUCUGACACAAAUUAAACUAAACUUAUGGCUGAACGCAACCAAAUUUAAUUAACUAACUUUUUAUACAUAAUUUUACAACAGGGGAAGCGGUGUUUUACGCAGCCAGGAUUUAAUAAGCAAGUUUGUAUCAAGACAUUUUAAGGCCCUUUUCAGCUGGGGACCCGGGUGAACCCCCGCAAUAAGGAAAAUGAUCAUGAAUACUAUCAGACAUUCUAGUGGCGGAUCCAGUGGGGGAUCAAAGCUUAUAUAAAUCUUAAUUCAUGAGGCCGAAGAUUUCCUAACGCUGUGAACAAUGCCAUAAACGUAACAAUGAAGCUUCGGUGUAUACAAGGUGUAUACUGGUUGUAGUGCUGGGUUGAUGCACAUGCGCAUGCGGUAUUUCGAUUUGGUAUUCCGGCGAUUUGUAAAUAUAGAUGCAUGAUUAUGGGAACGUGGCCCUGGAAAAUACUUUGUUUCUAACAUGUUUAUAGCUAUACUUCGAAAACUAUACGUUAAAAUAUAAAUGGGGAGGGGGGGGGGAUGCAUUUGCCCCCAAAAUGGAAUAUGAAUAUCAUUAUCAAUAUUAAACUAGUAAGUGGUAAUUAAAGCAUAUAACCUUGAGUAUAAAAAUGGAAUCACAUGGAGGUGCAGUUGGUGAACCCAGACAUCAUUUCUAUCCCUUCACUUGGAAAUAGGUGAGCGUGGGAAAUGACAUGCAUCUGGGUUUGUGACCAUAGGAGGGGGAAUUCCCUCCCUCUCCCAAAUAAAAAAAGCCCUGGAAUUUGGGGGGUGGAGCUCCCACCCAAGUCCCAAAACGUAAAAUACCCCUGGGAAAACAAUUUUGUAAAUUUAAAAAAUAUUAUUGAACUCCAGAACUCCAAAAUAUAUUAUAAAACUGUUAAAGGGGAAGUCAAGUCCGUUCUGCGCAUCGGUUCUGCGCAUAACAAUAGAGGGCCCUCUGAGGUAAACAUUGCCCAAAUUUUGAAUGUUUCGAAUUUUUCUGAACACAAACUCUAUUUCAUAUUCAUGUAGAAGCAUAACGAACCAAAAUGGUGUUAGAUAUUCAGACAGUACAUCAUAUUUUAAAAAAUACAGCAGUUCAAAAUGCAAACAAACCGUUUGUUUACAUUACGGACUUGACUUCCCCUUUAAAAUAUUUUCUAAAACGUACUUAUAUUAAUCCCUAUAUUACUUCUCCAGAACUACUUUGGGAAUCAUGCACCUAUGUGUUUUAAUCCCAACUUGUCUUCAAACUCUAAUUCUAACCCAUUUUCUUAUUUCGUUUCAUUCAGCUGGCAUCUACAAUCAAUUGCAUAGGGUGAUGAAGGACUCAAAACACGAUAGUGAAAUUUUCAUUUCUGGAAGACGGAAGUACACAAUAGAAAACGACAGUUUCAACCCUGAACAAUUUAGGGCAAAUAAUCCGUCAGUUUUUGUAAAUAAUGUCCCUUUCAGCAGGUUUCUGAAACAAUUGAACGAAAAGCUACGCAAAUGA